AUGAAGACUUCAUCCAAGAGCGGAGCCGUCGUGCAAGAGGACGCUGCGAGGAAGAGCAGAACAACCGCGAAAAACUUGAAGAAGCGGAGGCGGAGUUCUGACACUGAGAGCGGAGAAGGAACGGAUCAUGGUACUACCAACUGGCAGCGAAUCCGCCGGCAAAUUGCUGCCCGGUGUACCCCGUGUAAGAAACGACGCAAAGGACUACAACCACCUACCAGUACCAGUGUGGCUCCGCCUGAACGAGCCGGUGCGAGUCCCUGUAGUUCUUCCUCCGGAGCUGGCCCUCCAGGAACAGCAAGCGGAGCUGAGGGAGCAGGAGCUGCCACUUCUCCGCCGCGUAAGCUAGGAAAAAAAGGACAAAGUGAGCGUCGACGACGUCGUCCCGGAAAUAACGUGCUGAAGCAAGACAAACAGGGCCCCCGGCGUGGGAGGAAGAC